AUGCUGAGCGAUGAUCCUCCCUCACAAGAACAAUACCCCCACUUCGUCCUCCUGCUGCCCUCAAAGAUCAAAGGUUUUGGCUUCCAUAACAAGAAGUGGAGUGAGCUGAACGUAGAGCAAAUCGAAGAUAUCGAAUGGAACAAGAACGUCUUCAAGAGCGACCUGGUCAUGGAUCGAAGUAAGAAAGAGUUGAUUGAAGCUCUGGUUACGGUUCACCUCAAGCGGAAAGCCAACACCAAGGCUGACUUCAUGACGGGCAAAGGAGAAGGUCUUUUGAUACUGCUUCAUGGGGGACCAGGCACCGGGAAAACGCUUACGGCUGAGAGUGUUGCUGAGCUUGCAGAGAGGCCUCUCUACAGGGUGACCUGUGGCGAUGUUGGCACCGACCCAGAAACAGUAGAGAAGUACCUCACCUCGGUUUUGUUCAUUGGAGUCACAUGGAACUGUGUUGUACUCCUCGACGAGGCUGAUGUUUUCCUGGAGGAGCGAACGAAGCUGGAUCUAGAACGAAACGCGCUCGUCUCUGUCUUUCUCCGCGUGCUGGAAUACUACGAAGGCAUCCUUAUUCUCACCUCCAACCGCAUCGGCACCUUCGACGAAGCCUUCAAAUCUCGCGUGCAGCUUUCCCUUCAUUACCCACCACUUUCGGAGAAAAAUCGCAUGGAUGUCUGGGACAACUUCAUCGAACACUUGAGGCAAUCGAACGAUGAUGUCGACUUUGAUAGCAUUUCAAGCAAGACCCGGAGACUUGCACAAUACAAGCUGAACGGAAGGCAAAUCAGAAAUACACUCAAUACGGCGCGUCAGCUGGCGCAGUUUCGUGGGCAAAGGUUGGAGUAUGAUCAUCUGGAACAGGCAAUCAAGAACGUGGUCGAGUUCGAGGCGUACGUUACAAACCUACAUGACGGCCAGACAGAUGAGGAGUAUGCGGAGGCAACUGGUAUUCGACAUGAUAGUACGAAAGCGGAGGAAAGUUUUGACUGA